UAUGCAGGAUGUGCUGCCCAAGUUUUCCUGUUGGUAGUUUUGAUUUCAGCAGAGUAUUUUAUUCUCACCAUCAUGGCCUAUGACCGCUACAUUGCCAUCUGCAAGCCCUUGCACUAUGGGACCCUCCUGGGCAGCAGAGCUUGUGUCCACAUGGCAGCAGCUGCCUGGUGCAGUGGCUUCCUCUAUGCUCUCCUGCACACGGCCAAUACGUUUUCCAUACCCCUCUGCCACGGUAAUGUUGUGGACCAGUUCUUCUGUGAAAUCCCCCCAAUCCUCAAGCUUUCCUGCUCACACUCCUACCUCAGGGAGGUUGGACUUCUUGUGGUUAGUGGUUUUCUUUUUUUGGGAUGUUUUGUUUUCAUCGUGCUGUCCUACGUGCAGAUCUUCAGGGCCGUGCUGAGGAUCCCCUCUGAGCAGGGACGCCACAAAGCCUUUUCCACGUGCCUCCCUCACCUGGCCGUGGUCUCCCUGUUUAUCAGCACUGGCAUGUUUGCCUACCUGAAGCCCCCCUCCAUCUCCUCACCAUUUCUAGACCUGGUGGUGGCAGUGGUGUACUCGGUUGUGCCCCCUGCAAUGAACCCCCUCAUCUACAGCAUGAGGAACAAGGAAAUCAAGGAUGCAGUAUGGCAACUGAUUCAAUCAGUGCUGUUUCACUGA